AUGGAUGAGUGUUUCAACGCUACACUUCUUCCUCAAAUUACCAAGCUUCAACCCCGUGAAAAUAACAAUUGGGAUGAAUUCUUGUUACCGAUUAUAUUCGCUUAUAAUACUGUUGUUCAUGCAACGACAGACUAUUCACCGUUUCAAUUACAAUUUCGACACGAACCAUGUUUAUCAACUGAUGAACCAUCAACAUCAUUCCUCUUCAAUAAACCACAAGAUUACUAUGAACAAAUGAAAAAAAAUUUAUCAAUAAUACAACGACAAGCUCGCGAUUAUAUUAUUAAUCGAGAACAACAAUACAAAAAUAAUUAUGAUAAACAACGUCAAGAUCCACAUUAUGAAAUUAACGAUUUGUUACUUCUUCGAAUAUUUAGUCGUUCAAUGUUAGAUAAAUUUGUUCCAUUUCAUUUACGUGAUACCCAUAAUCCACCACCUUACCUUGAUCAUUCUCAACAACAAUCAUGA